UUUUCAAUUUAAUCUCUAUCCACCAAUAUUUCUCUUAAAUAAAUUCCUUGUUUCCAUGAUUCUAAAGAUAGAGUCCUUCAUAUUUAUAUAUAUGAGACUUUAGAGUCUUCAAAAGUAAAACAAAAUUGUCAAUCUACGUUUCUCAUACAAUGCCAAGAUUUCAACUUUUUUUCUGUUUUACCAUCCUUGUUGCAACCAUAACCUUCUUCAAUGUAGCUUCAGCUCACGUGAAAAUUAAACCUGCUUUACCACAGAUUGAAGAUCCAUCAACCGUAAAAGAUGUCGAGUCUUAUACCAUUAAAGUUGUGACAACCUUCCUGGUUGACCUCGAGAAGGAAUGCCCCAAAACAGAGAAGUUUAAGGUCUUCUUCGAAAAACUUAAGGCGUAUUCCAAGUACGUGUGCCCGAUCUCUAAAGCAAAAGGCUAUGAAUCUGACAUGAAGGCCAAGGCUGGUAGCCUUUUCGAGGCAAUGUCAGCUCUCGGUUCCGUUAAAAACAGAUCUAGAGAAGGAUCAGUGACUAAGAGUCUACAACGGGGAAAAACGGAGGCCAUGAAUACCGUAAAAUUACUGCAAUCCAUUGGUGAGAAGAUUGCGGGUGGGCGAAAUAACAAAACAGAGAUAAACGGAACCGCGAAACUAACUAUAGAGCAACAAAAAGAAAUCAAAGAUGGGAUUUUGAAAUGGCUUCAAGUAAUUACUCAAAUCGCAAAGACAACCGAAGAAAUCAACUCAAAAUCUUCAUUAAAAUCUCAAACAAUGCAAGAGAGCAGAGAAGAAAAAUCUUCAACACAAAUCAAAAGAGGAAGUCAAAGAGAAAAUGCUCAAAUCACAGCGUUACCUAGAGGUAGCCGCGUGACAAAGGUAGGAAAUAAUUAAUAAUGAUAUCUCAAAAACCAAAGAAGAAUACAAAUAUUAAAGAAGGGGAAAAGAAAGUUACAAGUAGGAGAAGCAAAAUAGAGAGUAGCGAAAAUGCCUAAUUGGUUAAAGAAGUAGAGGCUAACUAUAAUUAGUUUUUACGAUAGACUGAUUUAUACAAAUUCAAUAAUGAGACGACCCAUGAAAA